GCAUAUUUCGUCGAUUGUUUGUUACAUUGCUCGUCGUGCUGGCUGCCUGGAUUUCUGAUGGAGCAGAAUAUCGUUAUAGCCAUUGACUACACUAAUCAGGCUGAAAAUGCAGUUAAAUAUUAUUUAGAGAAAAUUCACAGACCAGGAAAUAAGUUGAUUUUGGUGCAUUGUGUUGAGCUACCUGAACUUAGUUUAAACAAAGCCAGAGAUAGUCACAUGUCACCAGGUGUUCUGGCAAACAUGUGGAAGGAGGAAGAAGCAAACAUGAAAGCUCUUGAAGAUAAGAUGGCUACUCUUCUCAAAGAAAAAAAAGUGCCAGGCGUGUUGAGGACAGUGUCUGGUCGACCUGGUGAAGUCAUUUGUCAGGUUGCACAUGAGGAAAAGGCCGUCAUGAUUAUAACUGGCACCAAAGGCAUUGGCAAAAUGAGAAGAACGAUUCUUGGAAGUGUUAGUGAUUAUUUGGUGGGCCAUGCUCUCUGUCCUGUUAUGGUCUGCAAGGAAGAAUCAGAGCGGAAAACGAGAAUGUCGAUUUCAGCAUCAAGUGACAAUUCAUCGAAGUUGCGUCACGUGUCUGGUGAGUCCAUCACUUCUUUCACAACAAGUCUCAGGCAGAGGUUUGCAUCUGGAGGCAAAAGCAGGUCUCAUUCUGCUAGCACGGACAAGGAUGAUGCUGCUGCCAAAAUGGGAGCAGAUAAGAAAGAAAAUAAAGAUCCUUCUACUUCAAGAAAUACUUAAUUCAAUUUUUCUGCUUUUAAGAUUUUUUGUGCUUUCAAAGAGUAAAAAUAUUUUUGAGUUAUCAUGCGUACUUGCAAAUGUGUAAAAAUAAAUGUUCGUUUGCGUGUAUUAAUGCUUCAGACUGUUAUUCAAUUAUUUAUUUGUUAACAAGUUUAUUCAUAAUUUUUUUCCAGUAUUCAAUUUUUUACGUACAUGGCAAAUAUUUAUUGCAUAUUUUUUAUUCCAUGAUUCCUUGAUUUUCCCGAAAUUUAUUGUGGCUAGUUUUUUUAUAUAUUACAUACAUUCAUUUCGGACUGAAACUCGGACAAUAAACUAUUAUUUUUUUAUUUUUCCAAAAGCUAUCAAUGUAACUCAAAUUGUUCUUAUUCGUGUUUUUUUUACGUCUUUAUAGGUUGUAGUCAUUCUUGUUCUGCAUAUUUACGUUUAGUAUAGUUAAUUUAUUUUUACUGCAUUCUAUAUAGAAUUUUACUUUUGUUAUUGAUAUUUUCUAGUCGUUGAUAUUUUCAUAUGAUUAUGUUUUUAAAAUAAUCGUUGUUGGGCCGCUAAUGAAUCUUUUAUCAUUAUCUUUUAAAAAAAAUCCUCACAGUCAUGUAAAUAGAAUAUAACUAUAAUUUAUUAAUUUCAAAGAAAUUAGACAUUUUAUUGUUUUCAAUAUUUAAUCAUUUUUAAAACAAUAAAAUGUCUAAUUUCUCUGAAAUUAAUAAAUUAAAAAGAAAUAUAAAAAA